CGGCGCGUGCUGUGCAGCUCUGCGCUCUGCUCCGCUCUUUUCUUUAAGCGGCGACCCGCGUGCGUCCUACACAGCGGACUCUCCGGACUCUAGAGGUCUCCAUCCUCCGGUAUUCACUCCCUCUCGGGCAUUCUUGUGCAUCGCACGCGGACAUCACCUACACACGCGAGCCAGAGGAGAACGCGCCGCUGUGGCGGGAACCCGAGACCCAGAAACUUCGAUCCCCGAGCUCCUUCGACCUUCUCAGCCCAGCCGAGCCCAGCCGAGUCGGUCCGUAUGGAGACGUGGCGGCUCUCGCGCCUCCACUCCGUCUAUAGCGCGUAGCUAUGCGGCGCUCGCGCGCGCCUCGUGCAUCUCCGUCGCCCCGUUUGAUGUCAUUUCUUUGUUGUCUUUGUUGAACUGAACGCCGGUUCCCCCUUUUUUUUGGGAGGGUGCUGCUGGCGCGCGCGCGCCUGAGUGAGUGAGUGUGUUUGUGACUCGCGUGAACUCAGACGGAGCCGGAGCGCGCCGGUUCCACCUCGAGCCCUCCUCAAGGAGCCUUCACCUCCUCCAGCGCGCGCCGUGAUGUCCGCCCUGGUCCGGUCCCUGUUUCUCGUGCUGCUGAGUACGCUCUCCGGCGGGGCUCAGACGGAGAUGAAGCGGGUUGUCGGGGACAACGCCACGCUGCCGUGUCAUCACCAGUUCUGGCAGUCAAACGGACAGUCGCUGGACAUCGAGUGGAUUCUGCAAAAACCCAACAUCAAACAGCAUGUGAUCAUCACCUUCUUCAAUAACGAGGUCUACACUAAUGUUAUCCCGGCUAGUCGCCUCUCCUUUGCGGGAGAUUACCUGAACGGUGAUGCGUCUCUGCUGAUCAGUGAGCUGCAGCUGAGUGACUCUGGAGAGUACCACUGUAAGGUGAAGACUGGAGGGAAGUACCACUGGAGCCAGGUCAACCUCAUUGUGCUGGUAAAGCCAUCGAAGCCACGCUGCUGGAUGGAGGGCCGCCUGCUGGAGGGCAGCGACGUCAGGCUGAGCUGUAAGUCUGCAGACGGCUCUGACCCCAUCCACUACAAGUGGGAGAGAGUUCUGGACAAGGGCAAAAGCGUGGGCAAGCUGCCUCCACUCGCCCUCAUCGACCUGAAGAACCCGGAGAUCGUGACAUUGAGGAACCUGACCCAGGACAGCUCGGGGGUGUACAGAUGCACAGCCAGCAACGACGUGGGAGAGGAAAACUGCAUCAUUGAAGUUACCAUGCAGUAUGUGCGUGGUAUAGGCGUGGUGGCUGGUGCUGUGGUGGGAGUGUCUUUCGGUGUCCUCAUCAUCAUCCUCAUCAUAUGGCUGGUCUUCCGCAAGAAGGAGAAAAAGAAGUAUGAGGAAGAGGAGACGCCCAACGAGAUCAGAGAGGACGCGGAGGCUCCCAAAGCCAAGCUGGUGAAGCCCAACUCACUCUCGUCAUCUCGCUCGGGCAGCUCCCGUUCCGGUGCCUCCUCUACCCAGUCCAUGGUGCACAACAGCGCCCCCCGUAGCCACCGCCCGAGACCCCCAGCCGUCGCGGCCCUGAAGGAGAACGGCCAACCUCCUGACUUCCUGCAGUCACCCCCUGCCUACACACAGGUGGUGCCCAAGACCCCUGAACCACCAGCCACGCCCAAAUUCAGGCAGCCUAACCUUCCAGUUGGCAUGCCCCAAGGCGGCAUGAUUCCAGGCCAGAGCAAGGCCUUUCAGACUGUGUAAGGGACGGGGUCAGCCCCUCUGGACGGGUUAACCCACACUGACCCCUCCGUAUACAGAUACGUGAGCUAACGCUAAUACCAUGUACAAAAAAAAAAA